GCAGCGCCGGCGGCUCCCGGCGGCGGCGGGGCUCGGCCGGGCGGGCGCAGCCGCUCCCCGCACCAGCGGCGGGGCAGGGCAGCCGGCAUGGUGCUGGCGGCAGCUCGCCGAGCCCGCGUUGCACGGAGGAAGCCCGAGCGGAGCCGCGAUGGAGAUGCUGCUGCCGCCCGUAUGUACCAAACUUUGUCAUCAGAAGCCGUUGGAUCUGAAAGAUGAUAACACCGAAAUUCACUGUCCUAUUACAGUAAAUCCAUGGCACAUGAAGAAAGCUUUUAAAGUUAUGAAUGAAUUAAGAAGUCAAAACUUGCUGUGUGAUGUGACGAUAGUAGCUGAAGACAUGGAAAUUGCAGCGCAUAGAGUUGUGUUAGCCGCCUGCAGCCCCUACUUCCAUGCCAUGUUUACAGGUGAGAUGAGUGAAAGCCGAGCAAAAAAAGUUCGAAUAAAGGAAGUUGAUGGCUGGACUCUAAGGAUGCUCAUUGAUUAUAUUUACACUGCUGAAAUUCAAGUUACAGAAGAAAAUGUGCAGGUACUGCUCCCAGCAGCUGGUCUCUUGCAACUGCAGGAUGUGAAGAGGACUUGCUGUGAAUUUUUGGAAUCUCAGCUUCAUCCUAUCAACUGCCUGGGGAUUCGUGCUUUUGCUGACAUGCAUGCAUGCACAGAUCUCUUGAGCAAGGCCAACACAUAUGCAGAACAGCACUUUUCUGAUGUCGUACUUAGUGAAGAAUACCUCAAUCUUGGUGUAGAGCAGGUGUGCAGUCUGAUAUCCAGUGACAAACUCACAAUUGCCUCAGAGGAGAAGGUAUUUGAAGCAGUGAUAGCCUGGGUAAACCAUGACAAAGAUGUGAGGCAGGAGUUAAUGGCACGUCUGAUGGAGCAUGUUCGGCUGCCUUUGCUUUCCCGGGAGUAUUUAGUUCAGAGAGUUGAAGAGGAAAUAUUGGUUAAGAACAGCAGUGCUUGUAAAGAUUACCUCAUUGAAGCUAUGAAGUAUCACUUGCUACCAACUGAGCAACGGGCAUUGAUGAAAAGCACACGGACAAAAUUGAGAACACCCGCCAGCCUUCCAAAACUGAUGAUGGUAGUUGGGGGACAGGCUCCAAAGGCAAUUCGCAGUGUUGAAUGCUAUGAUUUUAAAGAAGAACGCUGGCAUCAGGUAGCUGAAUUGCCUUCCAGAAGAUGUAGAGCAGGAAUGGUGUACAUGGGAGGCAUGGUUUAUGCUGUUGGUGGUUUCAAUGGCUCUUUGAGAGUUCGUACAGUAGAUUCCUAUGAUCCAGUGAAGGACCAGUGGACAAGUGUUGCCAACAUGCAAGACAGGAGAAGCACACUGGGAGCAGCUGUAUUAAAUGGCCUUCUUUAUGCUGUGGGAGGAUUUGAUGGGAGUACAGGUUUGUCAUCAGUCGAAGUUUACAACUUAAAGACUAACGAGUGGUUUCAUGUAGCUCCAAUGAACACAAGAAGAAGUAGUGUUGGCGUAGGUGUUGUUGGAGGGAAGCUGUAUGCUGUUGGUGGCUACGACGGAGCAUCACGGCAGUGCCUUAGUUCAGUGGAAUGCUAUGAUGCCAAUUCCAACGAGUGGAGCUACGUCGCAGAAAUGAGCACCAGGCGGAGCGGAGCAGUACCCACUGCUUCUCAGUUGAUCAAUACGGGGACAGAUCUGUUUCCAGCAACAUAUUGGGAGGAGGAACUUCAGAUCCAGAUAUUUGGGAUAUUCAGAUCCAGGCCAUUUGGGAGGGCUGAGAGAUAUAAGACAGGGUCCUGAAAAAUGGGCAGGAAAGAGAAAUAACAAAGAAAGGAGAACUCAGAAGACGGCAACAAGAGGAUACAGACGGAAGGAGCAAGAAAUAAGGUAGGACCUGGAAACUGGGUGUGGGAUUAAGGGAAAAUGAAGCACCAUGGAGGAACGGAGGACAUUUUUAAAAAUAAGGAGCUAUGAAAGAAAAAAGUGGCAAUGGGGCAGAGGGAAAGCUCUACACGCUGAAUAGGAAGGCCAGUAACUAUUGAAGGCAUGGGUGGGGGGAUUUAUGUCACAUCCCAUAUUUAAACUGAAAAUAUUAGCCCUCCUCCUAGCUCUGUAAUAUUUAAUUCUACAAAAGAUGAAUGCUGUACUAUCCUGUCUAAUGAAGUGUGAUCAGAGUGGGAGAAGGAAAAGUUGUCAUACUAUACUAUGGCAUGAUAGCUAGAAAUAAUAGCAAUAAAAGAGGAAUUAAAUUAACUGGGAAGGAUAUGGGGAAAUGCUAGUAGUGAGUAUCACUUAUAAAACACUAAAUAGCAUGAUUUAUAAGUGUCCUAUCAAGAAGCUAUUUUUCAGAUUUACAGUACCAAUUAGCUUCCAUGUUUCCUUUCUCUUGUCUUUAAUUAUUAAAAUCAGUCUCUUUAAUAAGAAAAUAUAGUAAUUUCAGCAGGAGUCGUUUGUCUUCACAUAUAGAAAUGGCUCUAAUUACAAAAUUAGUGAUAUGUUUUUAAAGAUAUUUCAGCUCGUUUUUAAGGUCUUGGGGUUCUUUUUUUUUUUCCUUUUUUUCCUCCUUUUUUUUCUACCUUUUUUUUCCUUUGAAGGACUUACCUGAUUUUUUGCAUUCAUAUUUGUUGUUUCCCUUUAAAAAGAUUUUAAGUGGUUCCAUGAAAUACUUUAUGAGCUAUAUUUGCAAAUUUGUAUCUCUGCUUUGAGUUUCAUGGUCUUAAAUGUGGCAUUUAUUAGAUUUCUCAGUAUACUUUCAUAGAAGUGCUUUUUUAGUUGUCUUUAUGGUCCAUCACUCAGAAGUUUUAAUGCAAAAAAAAACCCCUACGUUUCUGAAAUUUAUUACGUUUUGGUUCUAAUGCGUUAUAAAGGGAGUAAUAAAUAAACAGGCCUCUCUUUCUGUUUCCCCCAUUUCCAUCUUUUCAAUAUGUGCAGCCCAAAUAGCAAGUAGAUAGAUCUAGCUUUACUCACGCCUUCAUUCCAAGCUCACAGAUUGAUAAACUUUUGUUGUAAAGUAAAGGAGACCUUAGGAUUAAAGGACACCCUUUAAUAUCCUUUUGGAUAUUUUGAUAACUGAAGCUUGGUUCAAAGACGCUUGGUGUUCUUCAAAUCCCAGAGAAGGUACUCACUGCUAACUGUUUAAUUCUGUUCCAUCUGUUUACAAGGUAUUCCAACACUUCAGUGGAAACAUCCGUAUUGUAUAAUGUCUAUCCAUUCAGCUUUUAUCCUCUGUACUGUGCAGCUUUUACUUCCUAAAAGUUCACUUACACUUUAUCAUCUUGUCAGAUUUCUGUUAUGCUGGCUGAGCACAUUGUCUCAUUUACUGUCACUUCUAAUUAGUCCUAAAUUUCAACAAGCGUCAUUUUCCUGCACGUCAUUUUUCGUCCAAAAUUUUCUAAAUCUUCUGUUGCAGAACAGCUCUGGUCUUUGUAUGCUGUGAUAUGGUAGAUGGGCACGCAAGGCAUUUUAUCAGUGUCUUGCUGUAGUUACUGUCUCUCUGCUUUAAUGCAUCCUGACCCAAAUGUUUUCUGAAGUAGUUUCCAACAUUGACUUAAUGAAGGAUUUAUGUUAGCUGACAUAUUUGUUGUUUCUCCUUCGUAUCUUUAAAAUAAUUCUCUGGUUAAUUCUGCGUAUUUUCAUAUAUUUGCAGGUGUUGGUGUGUUAAACAAUUUAUUGUAUGCAGUAGGUGGUCAUGAUGGUCCUUUGGUAAGAAAAAGUGUUGAAGUGUUUGACCCCAUUGCCAGUACCUGGAAGCAGGUUGCAGACAUGAACAUGUGCAGAAGGAAU